AUGGAUAAUCUUUACGCAGAAGAAAUAAGAUAGCGAUAUCAUUCUUCCAUGACUUACUAAGAAUACUUGGACACUUAUGAUAAAGCUCCACCUAAACCUUAAAUUAGACCCAAAGAAACUCCUUAAUUACUCGAACCAUUAAUCUUAGAAGGACACAGAGGCCCUAAAAUAUAAUAAUAAAAAUUGACUGUCUAUUCUCCUGACGAUGUCAUUUUUGAAGAAUCAGAAACGGAUGAGAAACCUAAGGUGCUCACUCAUGUUUCAUGUUAGAGAGCAUUAAAAGAACAUAAUAUUAGAAUUAGAAGUUAGAGUGAGAAUUUAGGAUUUUCAGUAUUUCGAUUUUUGCAAUAAAAGAAAAGUAAAUUCCCAUGAUUCAUGAAUCUUAUACAUUGAUCUCUUUCAACACUUCUCUAAAAUUGAUUGCCUACUAACAAAA